AUGGAACAAGAAGAGUUGAAGAAGAAGAGAGUACGAGAUGGCUUGGUGGAGUUGGAUGAAGAAACUCCGUCGGCUGAGGUGAAGAGGCUGAAGGAAGACCUUUUGGAAAAUUUGGAGGAUGACCCAAAUUUUGUUUCAUGGAAUCCGGAUCUGGAUUCCUUCAUGAUGAGCUUUCAGAAAGAGAUUAAUGGUGGGUCCCCGCCUCCUGAGGUGGUGGAUCUGACGUCGCAUUCCGGUGAGUCGCAGCCGGAGUUGGGAUACUUGUUAGAAGCUUCGGAUGAUGAGCUUGGUCUUCCGCCUUCCACGGCAUCGCCGAGUAGUGUGGAGAAUGAUGUAAUGAAUGAGUUGAUCCGAGUUGAGUCUGACUUGUCCGAACUCGGUCACGGUUUUUGGGGGUUUGAUGGGGAGAUCCCAAGUUAUUACUCUUUUGAGUUCGGAGUCUUUGAAUCGGAGAAUUAUGGUAACGGUGAAUAUGUAGCUCUAGAUGGGUUGUUUGAUUAUUGA